GUCUUCUCUGAGGAGUUGCUUACUGAUCUUGUAGAUCCGCUGACACAGAACUCAUCAGUUUUGCCUUGUUCCCUCUGGUUGCUCUGAGCAAAUCAUCUGGAGGAGAUCUUCACUCUUCCAUGAGCCCAGUUGAGUGGUUAUGCAAUUGUUGUCUAAAAUCCUUUGAGAGUAUGGGAGGAAGAUUGUGCCGGGAGGAGGUGAGGGAGGAGAAGAAAAGGAGCCCUCCCAGAGACAGUCUGACAUCAGCAGAGAAAAUCAAAAGGUUUAUUGUCAAACAGUUUGGAUACAACGUUCUGAGCCUGACCCGUCGUGGCCUGAAGGAGGUGCCGGAUGAGCUGUGGGAGCUGCUGGAGCUGGAGAAGCUAAAUCUGUCUUUGAAUAACCUAAAGACUGUUCCUCCUCAGCUUUCUCUGCUCUCCAACCUGGUGGUUCUGAACCUUUGGGGCAACCAGCUUAGCAGCCUUCCAGCAGAGAUCGGACAGCUAAGCAGACUUCGAGUUUUAUUCAUCUACCGAAAUAAUCUGACGGAGGUUCCUGAAGAACUGGGAGCCUGCACACAGCUAGAGGUGCUGAGUGUGGCCAAUAACCAGCUGUCCACAUUGCCAGCGUCUCUGUCCAACCUGAGCAGACUGAAGAAGCUCAACCUCAGCCACAACCUCAUUGCUCAUGUCCCAGGCUGCAUCUACAACAUGAAGACUCUG